AUGGUGUGUGGCCCCCGAGGUUCUCCGCCAUUUAAAAAUCGCGCCCAUCAAAUCCCACACGCCGAUGCUGUCCAGAUUAGCGAGAAGUUGGACCAGGCGUUGGUUGGAAUACCCGUACAACCUGAUGGUUUAUUAUGUCGGCGGGAUUCCCCGGGCUGUCAGUACAUAGGAAGAACAAUUGAGAAUAUGCGAAAGCACUGGCGCACCACCCAUGGAUGGUCCCAGUAUCCGCAUGGUGGUCGAGUAAGCCGUGACGAGCGCGUGCGUGCAGAUGCUGAGCUGCAGCGAUCCUUUAUAUCUGUGACAUGCCAGCAGAUAUUCCCAUCGCGCAAAGGAUCGCAUUAUAUUCACAUCCGCAAUCCAAAUGAGAACGACGAACCGGCGAUCCCCACAGAUGAUAUCCAGGUUGCUGUCCAGGAGCUAGAGAACGCGUGGAAGGAGGCGCAGUCCACGCCGAGUACAAUUCAGGCAUCUGAUAUUACCGACGCCAACCCAUGGCUGCGCAUGACCCGGUGGUCCGAGUAUUUAGAAGGAAUCGCACCAAAGGAUCUAACCGACAGCGUGGCGCCGCCCGAGGAAGAGCCCACAGAUCCCGUGGAGCAGGGCGUGCGCCACAUUUGGGCCGCCAUGGAGCAGGUCGUGCGCAAGAGCCAGCGCGUGGUCCAGCACAGCGGCCAGGCAAUCUGCAUUGAAGCCAUCCGAUCUGAAAAGGGUCAAACACCAUAUCGACCGUUGCAGGCCGUUUAUCGCGCGCACCCAGGCGCCACACGGAUGGACGAGUCCCCGUACGGGAUGACAGCACGGCAGCGCAAGAAAUGGCGGCAGUUAUGGCACCUCGCCACUACCCACCGGGAUAUUCCCGGCGAGCCGCAGGACGACGACGCAGCGUGGCGCAUGACCCCGAUCGAAGGCGCGUGUUUGGAGUUUUGCAUCGAGUUGCUAAACCAAAAGCAGCGUAGCCAUGAGUACGAGAGCGUGCUUGUGGCGCGCUUUAUAAUUGUCCAGAAAGCGCUUUGGUUGGAUCCGAAUCCCGAGGAGAUUAUCGCGGUGUGGCAGAAGAAGAGUAACUGCGCGCAGUGGGUGCUCGCCAGCGCCGACGACGAGCUGGAGGAUAUUUAUUCGGACGAGGGAUAUUACAGUCAACCAGAGCAAAGGCAUCCCAUCAUCGCCCCCACAUCGCCCAUUACCAGCAGUAAUCCCCAACCGAUAGUGAAUAUCCGCCGGCAGAAUCGCGGGAAAACAUUCCAGGAGCACGUGGAGUGGAUGGUGCAGCGGUUUAUGGUGCGUGGCACCCACAGUCCAAUACAAACGUUGCAGGAUUGGCGCACGUACGGGUUAAAGAUCCAUUAUAAUACCACGGCGCCCGGGCACAUUACAUGGAACCAUGGCGACGAGCUCGGAUACAAGCAUAUCACAUUUACCAUGGGCGAUUUCCGCGGAUUUGUCCAUGGAUUGGUCGGGGCCACACGCCAGAUAUUCGCGGGAAGACAUUCCCAGUAUUCCAUGGCACGCGAUCUACGACGACCCCACGCAGGCCACGGUGGGAUGGAAUUUUUGCGGGAUCAGCGCACGCAAUGGCCGGUGGGGCCCAAGUGGAUGAUCGGCCGGUUGCGGGCCGAGCCGGCCGUGCAGAAGGAGUUUACCGUCCGGCGCCAAGCCCGACGGCUGCACAUGCCGAAGGUGGCGCAGUAUCUGGAGCGCGUGGCGCGAUUUAAGGAGAAAUUAGCAGUGCUUGUUCACGUGGUAUCCGGCCAGCCGGCUCGCGCACCCGAGUUAUUAAGUAUUCAACAUGUGAAUACCGUGGCGAAUCGACAGCGCAAUAUCUAUAUCGAGGACGGGAUGGUGGCGUUGGUGACGGCGUACCACAAGGGGUUUUACGCGAGUAACGAUAUAAAGAUCAUUCAUCGAUUUGUGCCACGGGAGGUGGGUGAAUUAAUUGUGUGGUAUUUAUGGUUGGUAUUACCAUUUGUGCAGCAACUAAGCGCAUGGCAUGCGAAGCAGACGCAGGGCACCACGGCGCAGGGCAUGCACGCAACGCAGGGAACGCACGCAGUGCAGGGCACCACCACAGCGCAGGGCACGAACGCAACGCAGGGCACGCAGGGAAUACGCGCAGUACAGGGCACCACCACAGCGCAAAGCACCACCACAGCGCAAAGCACCACCACAGCGCAGGGCACCACGGUGCAGGGCGCUCACGCAACGCAGGGCACGUACACAUCGCAGGGCACGUACGCAGCGCAGGGCACCACGGCACAGGGCAUGGACGCAACGCAGGGCACGCACGCAACGCAGGGCACGUACAUCAUCGCAGGGCACGCACGCAGCGCAGGGCACGCACGCAGCGCAGCGCAGGGCACCACAGCGCAGGGCACGCACGCAGCGCAGGGCACCACAGCGCAGGGCACGCACGCAGCGCAGAUCCGCGAAGAUGCGUUUUUAUGGGGCCCCGACCCCGGAACCCGGCGCAAAUGGACGUCCGAGCGGUUCCGGGAGGUGUUAAAGCGCGAAACCAAGACCCGGUUAAAAGAAGCCAUUAAUAUCCAGUGGUAUCGGGAUAUCGCCAUUGGGAUUAGCCGACGAUUUUUGCGACCCACUGCCGCGUUUGCCAGCAACAUGACAGGAGGAGAGAGACUUGGCGCAGGCUGUGUUAAACGCCGACACCGAGGAGGGUAUGGACGAGGAGCAGUGGUUAGGCCAUAUUGCAGACUUGCAGGCGGCGCAUUCAUCCCAAUUGGCGGGUGGAGUGUACGGCCGUGGUAUUAUGGAGCAGCCCGGGACCACGGCACAUCGCCGUGCAAUGUUUCGACUCUCCAGCACCGAUUGGCACCGGUUUUGGGGUUUGCAUCCGCCGCGGAGCCCAGCCCGUUGGGGAAGCGCAAGAGAUCACCAUGGGAGGACGAAGCCGAGGAGGGCCGAGUGGUCCGACGUCACCGGUUAAAUAUCGCAGAUAUGCGCACCACGUUGCAGCACAUGACCGGGCAAGAGGAUAUCCAGUUCCGGGGCGUCCAAGCACCGGCGUUGCGCGCCAUUCAGGACGGCAAGAGCCCGGUGCCCAGUGGUACUACCAUUGUGGUCGUGCCAUUAAUAUCAUUGCGGAACGAUAUGGUGCGGCGCUGUCGCGAGUUGGGUAUAUCCUGCAUUGAAUGGGAUAGUCGACGGCCACCGGACGAAGCGACAAUUGUACUGGUCACACCGGAAUCCGCGGUGCAGGAGGAUUUUCAAACGUUUAUUAACCGGUUGCAGCAAACACGCCGGUUAGACCGGAUCGUGAUCGACGAAUGCCAUGUGAUAUUAAACGACCAAACGGAUUUCCGACCCGAGUUGCGACAGCUGGGGCGGUUGAACCACGCGCGAACCCAGAUGGUGUUAUUAACUGCCACGUUGCCGCCGCGGUUGGAGGCGAAGUUAUUCCGGCGCAUGGAGUAUUCCCGCGAGCAAGUCCAUAUAUUUCGGGACCGGACAAGCCGUCCCAACGUGGCGUAUCGCGUGUGGCGGCCCGAGCUGGCGAGCCGGUGCUCGCGUUUUAUCCGCGAGCGAAUCCAGCGCGCCAAGGAUGGCAAGGUGGUGGUAUACGGCCAUGUGGUCCGUCAGGUAGUGGAGAUUGCACGCGAGUUAGCGUGCGAGGCGUACUACAGCAAGCAGGUUGACAAGCCAUCUAUAUUACAGCGAUUUACCCGGGGCGAGGCGCGAGUAAUUACCGCCACCAGUGCAUUGGGCAUGGGUGUGGAUAUCCCCGAUAUUCGCAGUAUUAUCCAUAUUGGAACACCGCGGUCGUUGUUGGAGUACGGGCAGGAAAGUGGGCGAGCCGGACGGGAUAGCCAGCGCAGCGAGGCGAUUAUUAUCCAGCCCGAGGGCUGGGACGAGCCCACGCCGGAGACGCCAGAGGCCGUGGCGGAUCGCGAGUUGGUGGACGAGUACCUCGGGGUGGCGCCCGGGGUGGGAUGUCGACGGUUUGUAUUGGACGCGUACAUGGACGAAACAGUGAAUGGCUAUACGCGCCGAUACUGUCAGGAUAUUGAUUCCACCGAGGCACUCUGUGACGGCUGUGACGCCGAUUGGCUCGCGCAGGAGUCGGUUUGCAUGUCCCCGGACAGAUAUUCCCCGGACACCCGCAUGGACGAUCUCGCCAGCACGACAAGCCCACCACGCGAGAUUAGCGCUACGGGCAGUCCCCAUUCCCAUGGUAGUGGCGAAUUAUUUCCAUUAUCGCAUAUUAUACCACAGAGCACGCAGAAUAUCGCGCCAAAUCCCACACGCCGAGCACGCAAAAUAUCGCCCCCCAAUCCCACGCCCACGGUUAGUAUCGCCGAACGCCAGCGCCAACGGGUGCAAGACCAGCGCCAUGCAGCGCCCCGUAUUCAACACCAGGUGCAAGAUGCACGGCAGUGGUUGGACGAGGAAACUAUUGAAAACGAGAUAGCACCAUGGCAGAAAAAGUGCUAUAUUUGCACCAUUGCAGGACGGGAACGGAACGAACACGAGUUAUACUUUUGUCGUGGGCCCAAAAGCGACAAAGCCAAGGCAUGGGUUAAUCUAGUUCGCCAGUAUAAGAUUCCAUUCGCUAGAUAUACCGCUUGUUACCGCUGUUAUAUGCCGCAGACGAUCUGUCGACGAUGGGAGGUACUAGAUGGCCAUCCAACACAAACCGAGUGUGUAUAUAAGGAUAUAUUGGUCCCCAUGACAGCUGUAAUACUGUACGGCCCGUGGGAGGAGCAGAUCCAGCCACUAUGGCAGCGCCGGUUGCAGCAGCACGGGGUGGACGCAAACAACACCAUGCAAGUGUUGCAGUUUUUGGGGCAGGCCACGGAGGGAGCCAAAGGCCAGCACAGCCAGUUAUUCGCAUUAUUUUGCUGGCUAUGGCAGAUCUGCAAAGAAUUGGAGGGGAUCCACGGGGUUUGUGACUAA